AUGGGCGUGACUCAUCAUUCACUCAAGGAUGGAGCACAAGGGAGCAUGUUUCAUCACCCAUCCAAAGUCAAAGAGGGCGUGCAUCAUCAUCCACACAAAGAGGGCGUGCCUCAUCAUCCAGCCAAAGAGGGCGUGCAUCAUCAUCCACACAAAGAGGGCGUGCCUCAUCAUCCAGCCAAAGAGGGCGUGCAUCAUCCACACAAAGAGGGCGCGCCUCAUUAUCUAGUCAAAGAGGGUGUGCAUCACCAUCCACACAAAGAGGGUGUGCCUCAUCAUCCAGCCAAAGAGGGUGUGCGUCAUCAUCCACACAAAGAGGGCGUGCCUCAUCAUCCAGCCAAAGAGGGCGUGCAACAUCAUCCACACAAAGAGGGCGUGCCUCAUCAUCCAGCCAAAGAGGGCGUGCAACAUCAUCCACACAAAGAGGGCGUGCCUCAUCAUCUAGUCAAAGGGGGCGUGCAUCAUCAUCCACGCAAAGAGAGAGUGCCUCAUCAUCCAGCCAAAGAGGGCGUGCGUCAUCAUCCACACAAAGAGGGCGCGCCUCAUCAUCCAGCCAAAUCGGGUGUGUAUCAUCAUCCACACAAAGAGGACGUGCCUCAUCAUGCAGGCCAAGGCGGCGUGUUUCAUAAGCACGACAGUGAUUCACAUAAAACAGACCAACUUGAAGCAAAUGAUUGUGCGUUAAAGAAAAUGCCUGUGCAACAGCACAGGAUUCUUGCAUGUUUGUACAUUGUUUUUCACUUGGUAGUGUGA